UUCUUUCGGCCCACCUUGACUCACCUUGACAGUUUAGAUAGCCAUGGAGUGGGGUCAAGGGCCACCCGGGCCACCUGGGCCAGGCCCCGGCGGUUGGGGUCAAGGGCCUCCCUCAGGCCCUGGUUGGGACGGACCUCCCCCAGGCCCUGGGUGGGGUGGACCUCCAGGUCCCUGUGGACCUGGUUGGGGACCAAACCCAAACGAUGUUGAGUACGUGGAUGCGGAUGAACAGCGUCCAGGAUCAAAGAUGGCCAACGCUUUCUGCCUCUGCUGUGUUGGCAUCCUGCUGUUCCCAGUGGCUCUGAUGGUCUUGGGCUACAAUGAAGUCAAUUCUGUUUGCACACACGAGAAGAUCCUCUAUGGCCAAAAGAUGGCCGAAGUCAUUGGCUGUGAGCCUAGAAAUGCCUGGUAUCAGAAUAUGGUCGUGUAUAUGUCUUGUCCAGUCCAUGAGGAUAGCUUGCAGGUCUUCACUCCAGCCAGUUUCAAUUCCAUGGGCUUGCAAGACGCAAUCUCUUUCAGAUCUACUUCGGGAUCCCAAAAGGCUGAGAUGUAUCAGUGUGUGGAGACAUAUAGAACGGAAAAGACCAGGGAUAAAGAGACGAUCAAAAUUUACAGUUACAGUAUGGAAUGGAAGAGUCAGCCUGUGGAUUCCAGCCACUUCGCUUACAACGGCCAAGCCCAGGCGGCACGCGACCAAGGCUGUCCAUACUUUCGGCAAGUGGGCAAUCCCUCUUGGCCUGCAGAUCUUCCCCAAUCAUCCUCACAAAACUAUGCUCAAUCCGUGAGAGCAGGACCCUUGACCAUUGGGCAUCGUCUCAUUGCAGGAGAGGAUAGCAUCCUGGGAGGCUUGGAACCCAAUCAACGAGUGCAGCUCUCCAGCUUUGCUAGUCGCUUUCGGCCUUUCAAUCAAUUGGCUCCUCAUCCUCCAGCAGGUGGAUUCGUGUCAAUCACUCCGCAGAUGGCUGCUAUUGAUCCCUCGGGUCAGUACAUUGUGACUUGUGCCGCACCAACAAUUGGCUGCUUGCGCAUCUCCUAUAAGAAGAACUCGGCAACAACUUUAUCCGUGCUCAGCGGGGUUGAAGGAGGCUAUACAAAGCCCAUUGAGGUGCCUUCGAGUUGGGGCUGCUCUCCCGGGCAGUUUGAUGCCUUGAUUGGUAAGCCAAUGUCUUUGACGCAGUUUGCUGGCAAAUUCGAAGAAACGAAUUCGACAAAUACAUGGAUGAUGCGAGUGCUUGGCCUGGGAUUUGUGGUCAUCACAGUCUACUGUUGCUUUUCCCCGAUUUCAGCAGGUGCGGACGUCAUCGGAGACUUCCUUCGGUGCCUCCCAUGCGUUGGGGGCUUCUUGGAGGAUCUACUUGAAGGGAUGGUGGACACCUUGGUUUGGAUCGUCUCUUGUGCAGUUGGGUGCUCCUGUGGCCUACUUGUCAUUGCAAUUGUUUGGGUCGCUAUGCGACCCCAGGUCGGAGCUGGCCUGCUCUUGGUGUGUCUUGUGCUGGGUUGUUGUGCAUAUGCAAUUGCUCAGCAGCACAAGAAAAACAGGGAUUCAAACAGAAUAUCUGGGAAAGACGAGGAGGGAGGCUUUAAGAGCUACGAUGACGACUCUGACGAUGAAUGAUUGAUCGGUUCCAAGUGAUUUCAACGUCCUUUGUAGUUCUAUAGUUUCAUAUGAAUCGCUUUCUAACAGCAAGGCAACCAGUAUUUGUAUAUUGCCGCCAGUGGAGGAAAA